UGCACUUCACUCGAGAAUCGCGAGCGCGAGAAGGAAGGGCGCGAGUCGUCACGAGACUAGUUUAUUCCUUAAUUUUACGGAAAUGAGUGGUAGUUACACAAUCUCACAGCUCCAUAAAUACGAGCCACCAAAGUGGGCCUCAUCGCUGAAAAAUAUUCCACAGCACUUUGUAAAGCUUGCCCAAAGGGACACUCCAAUCCACCAGUGGAACAUUCCAAAUGUCCCGAAAGAAUUUUCACUGUAUAUCAAAAGGGAUGAUCUGACAGGAUGUGCAUUGUCUGGAAAUAAGGUUCGUAAGUUGGAGUUUGUUUUGGCUGAUGCCUUAGGAAAGAAGUGUAACACUGUGCUUACAUGUGGUGGCAUCUCUUCCAAUCAUUGUAGAACUACUGCAGUUGCUGCGAGACAGCUUGGCUUGAAAUCUUACUUGUUUCUAAGAAGUUCCGAACAGACUACUGCUACAGACGUUGGAUCUAAAGGCAAUGUUCUUUUGAGUAGAAUGGUUGGAAGUCAUGUCAUCCUUGUUCCUGAACUCAAAUAUAAAUCAGGCCUCAAACCAAUGAUGGAGAAAAUGGCAGAAAAGUUAAAACAGCAGGGUUCAGCCCCAUAUGUUAUAGAGGUUGGGGGUUCUUCAUAUGUGGGCAUGUUUGGUUACCUGACAGCAUUCCAGGAAAUGAUGAAUCAGAAUAUCUUGGAGAAUUUUGAUGACAUUGUAAUGACAGUGGGCAGUGGAGGAAGUGCAGCAGGAAUUGCCAUUGCUAAUUACCUAACAGGAUCAAAACUCAAGUGCCAUGCUGUGAAUGUGUAUGAUAAUGACGCAUAUGUUUACCACAAAAUAAAUGAAGAUCUUAGGGCAGGAGGACUUGAUGUUCAAGCAGAAGAUAUCAUCGAUAUCAUUGGAGGAUACUUUGUGCCGGGAUAUGGUAUAUCCUCUAACGAAGACCUUGAAAAAAUUAUGGAAAUCUCCAGCACUACAGGAGUAUUGGUUGACCCAGUGUACAACUUUAAGGCAGUCAAAGGACUGCUAAGCGAGAUGACAAACAAUCCCAGCAGAUUUAAAGGAAGAAGAAUUCUCUAUAUUCACACUGGAGGAGUGUUUGGUUUAUUUGACGGCAGAAUGGAUUCGUUAAUCACAAGCUCAGAAUCGUCAAAUGGCAUCCACAGGUGGAGAGACAUCAAUGAUGCACCGCCGUGCUAAAAUGAACUUUUUGUAAAUGUGAGAAAUCAAAAAAGGGAAGAAGUCAAACCA